GAAAGUUUGGCAGGCGAAAGUAAGGUGGAGGGUUGGAAAGUGCAUCACUGCUCUGUAUUGCCUCCUAUGUGAAGUCCGGAUCCUACCGCUAGACAUUACACGUGGCAUUUGGAAUUGACGCGGUGAUCGCAAUGAAGCUAGCGUUACAAACAUGGGGAAGCAGAGGUUCGAUCAACAUUUGAUUCGGAGGCGAAAAUGCAUUCACUGCAGCACAAGCUUACAAUUAGUGGACAAGUCGCAAUGGAACCCUCCAAAUCACGAAUUGUUCAUCGAGUAACUUCUUCGAAUGUUCCGAUUACUGCUCGCCGAUCAGAUCCUAGGACGGGACUAAAUCAGUUACUAGAAAUGAAAAGCUUGGUUAUGGAUACAGAAGAACCAUCCUCUUCCUCAUCUAUCCUGCACCAGUCUCAGGUCGAUUCUCCUGUAUCAGGUCAGAAUCCUUGGUGCCUCCCACAGUUAGGAGCAGCUGUACCAGCUUUGAAUGAAGUAUCAUUAGCUCUAGCCGAGAGGGCAUCCAAUUUUAGAAGGCAGAUCGCUGGAUUUGUUGGUCAGUUAUUACUUCCUGUUUGAUCCAUAGGUGGAAACAUUUUUCCGAAGCUUACGCUGUUAUUAUCGGAGUCUCUCGGGAGUCCGACAUCGCAUAGAUUACCCCUGAUCCUAAAAAAAAAAACGAUUGUGGACCAAGGCUGUGACGCAAUCGGUUUUUUUCCAACAUAAUAAGCCUCUGCGUUGUAUAGUUAUAGUACCGUAGUUUAACACUUUUGCAAUCAAAUAAGUGGUCCUUUUCCAAAAUUUGAACACUUCUUUGCGAUGAACAACUUUUACAUUCUUUCAUAGCCAUAAGUAUGCACCUUAAAAUAUAAAACGUUUAAUGCAGAGGAAACGGUUGCCGGUGACGCAAGAGUACAAGCUGGGAGUGCUAGUUCAUCUGAGGGAAUGACUCCAGUCUUUAGCUCAACUGAGAAUGAGCAGAGAACGGAAGGACAACAAGCGAAUGUUACUCUCCCAUCAGCUCGAGAACCUCUAGAUCCAGCUUCAGAGAAUAGUAGCAUUCUCGGCAACUUUGGGGGAGCAGUGUCUCUCUUCAAUGCUACAAGUGCGGCAAUGUUGGGAAUGAGCCAGAGUCUUAUGUCUGGGCCACCUGCAGUCUGGCAAGGGCUGGUUGCUCGUGUACAAACUACAUUACGAGGGUCAGCAGAUGAUAUUGGUUGGUUACUCAAAGAUCCAACUCUGCCACCUGUGGAAGACAGGACAGAGAGAUUUGUGCAACUGCUUGGAAGAAUAAGCAAUGGUGUCCACGUGCUUCCCGAUAAUCUUGUCUAUCUCCUAGUGCCUGGACUAUUCAGCAACCAUGGGCCAUUAUAUUUUGUUGACACCAAAAAAUAUUUUUCAAGAUUGGGCCUUUCCUGUCACAUUGCUCGCAUUCACAGUGAGGCUGCAGUUGAGACAAAUGCUCGAGAACUGAAGGAAUAUAUUGAGGAGUUGUAUUGGGGCACAGGAAAACGAGUAGUACUUCUUGGACACAGCAAGGGUGGUGUUGAUGCUGCUGCUGCUUUAUCUAUGUUCUGGCCGGAGUUGAAAGACAAAGUUGUUGGUCUAGUGCUGGCACAAAGUCCCUAUGGUGGUAGUCCAGUAGCAUCCGAUAUACUUCGAGAAGGACAAAUUGCAGAUUUUGAAACGAGGAGGAUACUAGAGGUCGUAAUAACCAAAAUAAUCAAGGGUGACAUGCGUUCUUUGGAGGAUCUUACAUAUGAAAAAAGACGAGAAUUUUUAGCAAAAAAUCCUCUACCAUCAGAACUACUCACAGUCUCCUUUCACACUGAGGCUAGCAGAGCUGCAAGCGUCUUAUCUACGAUGUCCCAUAUCGCCCAUGCAGAGCUUCCUUGGCUGCCUGGGACUAGUGGGACAUCUACCUCUGAGGAGCCUGCUGCAGGAGCAAAGCUUCCCGUAGUGAUUCCGUUAGCCGCUGCAAUGGCUCUUUGUGCCUUACACUUGGAUCUACGGUAUGGUGAGAAGAGUGACGGACUUGUGGCUCGCAAGGAUGCAGAAGUACCUGGAUCAUUAGUGGUAAGACCUGAUAAAAAGUUGGACCAUGCUUGGAUGGUGUAUUCCCCGUCUAGAAAAGACGCUAAGGAUCCGGAUUCUUCUCAAAUGUGUGAAGCCCUUCUUACUCUUCUUCUGGAGGAGGAAACGAUGAGAAAAGCAGGCACCAGCAAAGGAGAAAAACAAGCGCUAGAAGAAAUGAUCGCUACUGAUGAAUCUGGAUUUGCAUCUGUGAAACCAGCUGAGGAAGAGAUUGAAGUGGGUAAUGACUACCUAGAGAAGCUUUGAAGUCUGGAUAUACACCCGGAUAGAAAAAUGGUUGGAGACACUGCUUCUGGACAAAACUAGCUCAAUUUCACGUACCACUCACACUAGAAAUGUUGAUAUGUUAUUCGACAGGCUGUCUAAUGUACCACAUGCAAUUGCAGUAGACUAGAAAUAGUGAAGUUCAGGGGAAAGUGUGAGAAAAGCAUAAGCUUCUUUCGACACUAGGAGGGGGAGUUAGGUCUUGGAGGUGAUCAGUGAUUUUGGAUUUAGAUUAGAUACUGUUUAUCCCCACAUAUGUCACUGGGGAAUGCUUAAGGAUUUCAUUUUAGGCCAACGAUUGUUUGUACAUAAUUUACAUCAAAUUUCAAUCCUGUUUAUUAACGGGAUAUGAGGACCUAUAAUCAGCUUUUUAAACUUUUGAACACUUCGGGUUUGCACCUCCAUUGAAUCGAAUAUACACUGAGUAGAGCACACAGGUAGUAACUUAAAAUCUUAUUAUGUGAAGAGUUCGAGCAAUGUUUAAAUGUUCGAGCAAUGUUUGGACACAAAAUGAAGUGUCUCG